UUUCUUGUUUAACAUAUUUUAUCCUUUUCUAAACUUCAGCAUGCAUCUCCGAUCCCUGUUCAUUUCAGCAACUGUAGCAGGCAUUACAGCUGCACAGUCAGCACCAUCCGCACUACCACCGUCGCCUAUGUCCCCAGCGCCUACAAGUACCCCAGCGCCAGGCGCCCACAAUAAGGAAUGUGCAGAAUGUCUUCGGAAGAAUAUCCAGUCAAUCUCCAACUGCGCGAGCUAUAGUGAGGUACCUGGAUCCAAUGCGACAGAUUCAGGGGCUAAGAGAUGUUUUUGUGCAUUAGCAUCAUCCUUUCAUUGGCUGACAUCAUGCCAGAACGACCAGAGUGGAUGCCCAGCAGCGUAUGUAGAGCUUAGUAUGGAUGCGUAUAAUAAGACCAAGGGAGCGAUGUGCGCGAAUGUUGACAUGGAGGGUGCAGGAAGAACAGUCAUUACUUCAAGUUUUGCGGUGGUAUUAGUUUUUGUUACAACCUUAAUUGUAAUUAUGUAAUUUUGUAAUUAAAGCAUUCAAUUAUCGAGCUAUUCAAUAAAAGAAAAAGCAGUCCUAUC